CUAUGACUGGCGCCAUUAUCAUUCGGACGUAUAACACUUUCAUCUCCUCUCUAAUCUUACUUCCUGUUCCUCGGUAGCGGUGACACAAGCGACAACUGUGACAAGUAUCUGUAAACUGCAAGUAUCAGAUGGAAUGAAAUUGGGGGAAAGAGGAAGAGCUAUCCGCUGAUAUAGCCGAAAACUUUGACGUGGCAGUGAGAUUUUUGCGAUAAAACUUAUAGUGUCAAAAUUAAAGGGCUAGCCCGAUGUAUCGCGAUCAGUCGAUUGUCAUUUGUGAUAAUGAACAUGAAGACUGUGCCUGACGUCUGUUAUUGUGGCGCUUAAGAUCGACCUGAUAAAUAGUACGUCGGAUAAUCGCGUAUUAACUUGUCAUGGGGCAGUGCUAAAGCACAAAGGUGUAAAUAAUAACAAAUUAGAAGUAACGAGUAAUGAUGGCGAGUUCAGCCGUCGUGGGUAAUCAGGAAAACAUUUCCAAGCUUCUCGAGUUGUUGCAAGCCGAUCUAAAAGUCCUUGCUUCAGAGACCAAGAAGAAAUAUCCUCAAAUCAAAGAGUCAUGUGAAGAAGGAAUAGCAAAGAUAAGAACAGCUUCAAACAAUCCUGGAACUCCAAUUUAUUAUAUUGUGAAUCAAAUUCUUUAUCCCCUGGUCCAAGGUUGUGAGAGUAAAGAUGUAAAAAUCAUUAAGUUCUGUUUAGGAAUGAUGCAACGACUCAUAACUCAGCAAGCUGUAGAUCAGAAAGGUGCACGGUAUAUUACUGAUACUUUGUGGAUGUUAAUGGAAUCUGGUACUGAGGAAGUUAAAGUCCUUCAGAGUGUUACUUUGUUACUUACAAGUAACACAGUAGUACAUGGAGAUACUCUUGCCAGAAAUCUCGUCCUUUGCUUUCGACUUCACUUUACAAAAGACUCCACAACUAUUAACACAGCUGGUGCCACCGUAAGGCAGUUAGUGUCGUUAGUUUUUGAACGUGUCGUCGUAGAAGAUGAACAGAAUCCUGAUCAAGCUGAAUUCAAUGAAGUCAAUUUAGAAGAACUGAAGAUACCUAUGAAUCAAGCACCAAAGGGUCUUGGCCCUUGUGCUGCUGAUGCUUUUUUGAUGUUUCAGGAUUUGGUGCAGCUUGUCAAUGCAGACCAACCAUACUGGCUAAUCGGAAUUACUGAAAUGACUAGAACUUUUGGAUUGGAGUUGUUAGAAUCUGUAUUAACCAAUUUUUCAUCUGUAUUCUUUAAGCAUCCUGAAUUUAGUUUUCUUUUAAAAGAACGAGUAUGCGCUCUCGUAAUAAAGUUAUUCUCUCCCAAUAUCAAAUAUCGCAAUUCUAUACCAGCCUCGAUGCAACAAGCAACGCCGCUUGACAAACCGUACUUUCCUAUAAGUAUGAGACUGUUGAGAGUCGUCUCGAUACUGGUACAAAAGUAUCAUUCUCUUCUGGUGACCGAAUGCGAGAUAUUUCUUUCCCUGAUCGUUAAAUUUCUGGAUCCUGAUAAACCAGCAUGGCAACGAGCAUUGGCUUUAGAAGUUUUGCACAAGAUGACAGUACAAGCUGAUCUUCUCACAAGUUUCUGCGAAUGUUAUGAUUUAAAGCCCCACGCUACGAACAUAUUCCAGGAUAUAGUAAAUAGUCUUGGUGCCUAUGUCCACAGUCUCUUUGUCAAUCCACAGAUGAUGGGACAAACUGGUACAGCAACUGGAGCGCCAGUGGCACAGGGCACCGCGCCGACGUUAUUGGCAGGUAUGCCAAUCGGGCCUGGAGUAUCUCCACAACCUGGCUUCUAUUCACGAGGUACAUGGCUGCCAGUUGUUGCUACGUUUACCAGCGGACAGGCCAAAUCUACGUAUUUAGAGAUGCUGGACAAGAUUGAGCCUCCUCAAAUUCCCGAUGGGUAUGGAAUCAGCAUUGCUUAUGCUUGCUUAUUGGAUAUUAUUCGAUCAAUUGCUCUUGCAAUAGUGGGUCCACGUGAAGAAGGGAAAGAAAAUCAUUACGAGCCAACGGAUUCUGAACGGAAACUUCACACGCAGCUGAUAAAUUCAAGUUGGUGUGGUUUAUUGGCAGCUCUAAGUCCAUUGGUAGAUGCCAGCACGGAUGAAUCAGCAACAGAGAAUGUUUUAAAAGCGAUUCAAACAUUCGCAUCCCUUUGUGGGUUACUUGAUUUACAGACACCACGUGACGCAUUCAUUACGGCUAUUUGUAAAGCAUCUUUGCCACCUCACUACGCUUUAACAGUUCUAUAUAGCGCUCCGCAAGGAAUACCAAGUGCACGAACUCAAGAAUCGACACAGUACAAUCCCGCAGCAAUGGGCGAGCCCGAUUUCCGACAGCAAGUUGUUGCCGUUGGUACGCCAUUGCCAACAGCCUCAUUGCCGAUCGGUGCUCAGCAAGGACCUGUAAUGUUAACGGCCAAGAAUUUACAGUGCAUGCGGGCAUUACUAUCCUUAGCCCAUUGUCAUGGAAGUAUACUGGGCAGUGCUUGGCAUCUUGUUCUCACGACUUUACAACAUCUAGUUUGGAUACUUGGUUUGAAACCAUCCACAGGAGGAUCCCUCAAAGCAGGAAGAUCUACUGCGGAUUCCAAUGCAGUAUUAACUACAGCUGUUAUGGCAGACUUGCCUGUACUCAGUGCUAUGCUUAGUAGACUAUUUGAGAGCAGUCAAUAUCUCGAUGACGUGGCACUACAUCAUUUGAUCGACGCACUAUGCAAACUUAGUCAGGAAGCAAUGGAACUGGCUUAUUCCAAUAGAGAACCGUCUCUGUUUGCUGUAGCAAAACUUUUAGAAACGGGUCUGGUUAAUCUACCAAGAGUCGAAGUUCUCUGGAGACCAUUGACAAAUCAUCUCCUGGAAGUCUGUCAACAUCCUCAUAUUCGAAUGCGAGAAUGGGGUGUAGAAGCUAUCACAUAUUUAGUUAAGGCAGCACUGCAACAUAAGUAUCCUCAGCCUCUUCGCGAUAAUCAAAAAUUACAAACUCUUCUACUGGGACCAUUAUCUGAAUUAUCUUCUGUACGUCAUGGAGACGUAAGGCAACGGCAACUCGAAUGCGUAUUACAAGUUCUUCAUGGUGCCGGAGAGACACUAUCCCACGGAUGGCCUCUUGUACUUGGUAUUAUAGGAGCAGUGUCUGAUCAUCAUGGAGAGAAUCUAGUUCGCAUAGCAUUUCAGUGCUUACAAUUGGUAGUAACAGAUUUUUUACCAAUAAUGCCUUGGCGGUGCCUUCCCCUGUGCGUUGAUACUGCUGCAAAAUUUGGAUCACAAACGCAAGAAUUAAAUAUCUCUCUCACGGCAGUUGGUUUAAUGUGGAAUAUAAGCGAUUACUUUUAUCAAAAUCAAGAGAAGCUCUGUGCUUCCCUUCAAGGAGAUUCAGCCUCUGUAUUUCCUGAUUUUCCUGGCACAACUAAUAUGCCGCCGUUCGAUAAGCUUUGGAUGUGUCUCUAUGCUCGACUAGGUGAUCUAUGCGUGGACUCCCGUCCUGCCGUACGCAAAUCCGCCAGUCAAACUUUAUUCUCCACCAUUUCGGCUCAUGGUGGACUUCUACACCAGCCAACUUGGCAAGCCGUUUUGUGGCAAGUGCUCUUUCCAUUGUUGGAUAAAGUUAGAAGUCUGUCUAGCUCAGCAAGCAGCGAAAAGGUUGAUACUGGUGGAAACAUAUUGAUACACCAUAGUCGCAACACUGCUCAAAAACAGUGGGCUGAAACGCAGGUAUUGACGUUAAGCGGAGUGGCAAGGGUUUUCAACACAAAGCGACAAUUGUUACAGCUAUUGGGAGACUUCCCACGAGCGUGGUCUCUGCUACUUGAAUUCAUUGAAAAUUCGGCUCUUAGUAAGAACAAUGAAGUUUCGUUAGCGGCUCUAAAAUCAUUCCAAGAAAUUUUAUACUUGCAAAAGGGCGGCGACAACGGUGACGUUGCGCAGUCUGCUGAUUCAGAAGCACUAUGGGUUGUUGCUUGGCGAGUUUGGCUUAGUAUUGGAAUGGAAAGUACUACUCCACCGCAAGAGAGUGAAACAGAACCUUAUGUCCCUUCACAGGCCUUUUUAACAGCCCUUGUGCAUAUAUUUCCAGCCGUAUUUCAGCAUAUUAGAAAUAAAUUCACUGCAGCGGAUCUUCAAAAAUUAUGCAUUGUUUUAAAAAAUGCAGUAGCAGUUCCUGUACACGGUGAAUCAACACCGUAUAUUUUGCCUGCGGUGCCAGAUGUUGUUCUUACACAAUUACAAGACGGUAUUCUUCAUUCAAUGGAACUUUUGCAGAAGGAAGCAUUAAACGGCUCAGAGAAUUUACGAACAAUGAUAGUUUCCAUAUUUCUGCAGUUACUUAGCUUCUCGAAAUUAGCAUGUCAGGCACCGACAUAUGGAAAAAUUCCAACAAAACAAAUCUCUCAAAUCAAAGGAAUAUCUGCUGAUUGGGUGACAAUGAAUUAUGUUCCCUUUGGAGAGAAGGCUCUAUCUAUGGUUGUGAAUCUUUAUCAGAAAACUGCACAUGAAAUGGCCGUAAUUGACGGUCAAGUUUUAAGACAUGUCAUAGAGGCCCUUCACGUUCCUUUGUCUAUGAAGUAUUCCUGUCCAUCUCCUACUACUUGGAAAUUAGCCGUCACUAGUCUUUUGGCUGUACUACAUACUGGUUUACCAUUAGCGAGAAAAUAUCCAGAACAAUUUAAGAGUAUGUGGCCUGAGCUCGCCGACACAUUGGAUGAUUUUCUUUUUCCUAAGAGUGUGCUAAAUAUAGAACGAGGAGCUGAGGAAAUUCAGGCAGAUGAAGCAGUCGAUUGUCAAGUAAUGGAGCUAUUAAGAGAUGAAGUACUACCGCAUUCCCAACAUAUCCCUCAUCAAUUUAUUCUGAGAGUUAUCAUGCUUUUAAACAAAGGAUCUAUUCAUUCAGCGACUACUACUAGUAUUGAAAAGGCAGGCGAGACUAAACUCAGAGAAGAAUUUGCAAAAACUUGUUUUGAAACUCUUCUGCAAUUCUCCUUAUUGGAUGGUCUCAGUAAUGAAGCAGAAAACGACAAUGACAGAAAAACAGAAGUUGACGAAGGAGGAGUAGCUGGUAGAUUAGCUGUAACUGCCCUCCUUCAUAGAUUCCAGGAGGUCUUACGACGAUAUAUAGAGGACGAAAGACGGAGUGGAAAAUGUCCAUUGCCUAGACGCCUACAAAACAUUUUCGUGCGAGCGUUGAUCAUAGAACCGUGUUCUAGGUACAGAUUGUCCGAGAUAUCAUUUGUCCUGAAAGCCGUUGCAACACUCGUGGUGUCUCUGAAGAAGGCACCACCAAAUAAAGUAGAACGUUCAGUUUGGGAACAACUGAUAGGACUGUAUCCGUGUCUUGUCGAAUGUACAGUCGCUACAGCUUCUGGUCAAGUAUCCCGUUCACUCCGAGAAGCUCUGAUGCAAUAUCAUGAUUUACUACGACCACCCUUAAUUAAUCCACCGACCUCUAAUGGUGUCUGACCUAUGCAUUCUCUUCUCUUGACACGGAAUACCAACCUAUACAACACAACAAAAUGAUCGAAAGUUCGUAAAAUGAGGUGGAACUCGCGUGGCACUUCGCGAAACAUUCACAAACGGGAAGCAUUAAUUUUUAUGUAAUCUAAUGGAUUUUGAAUAUUACAAGUGACCGUUGUUUAUCGUUAUACUAGUGAGAAUAGCAUCCGUGACCUUUCUUGAAGUAAAAGUCAUGCCGGAGAUAUGGGGAUAAACUAAUGUCAUGAAUUCUUGGUGACAUUGGCUCCCAUCCGAGAAAAGAUUUUGUUUUUGAGAUAGAGAUGUUUAAUUUUGUAUAAUGUAUUCGUGUAGGACAUACUUUAAAAGCAUCUACUGUACCGGGUUCAGAUACUGCGGUUCCCAUCAAUGGAUAGGCGCCCGCUGUAAAUAUUUCCAGCCUUUCGCAAUAUAUGGCGACUCUUUUUUUUUUAAAUCGUUGUACAUAUUAAAUAAAUUAGUUUUCGGUGAAGUCGAUUAGAGCAAUGUAAUUAGGCAAUUUUAUAAAUUUUAAAAUAUCGCCGUACCCGUAAACACUUGCAUAAAACUCUGAAUGUGUAUUGCAAUGAUGUAAAUACAGUGAUACAGAUUCAAUAAAGCUUCUUAGAGAUUCUUAA